GGCGGCGGCGGCACCCGGCUGCCAGCGUUCUGGCGGUGGUGGCUUUGGCAGCAGCUGCGGAGGCUGGAGCCAUGGCGGAGCUGGAGCACCUGGGAGGGAAGCGGGCAGAGUCGGCGCGAGCGCGGCGGGCUGAGCAGCUGCGGCGCUGGCGGGGCUCGCUGACAGAGCAGGAGCCCGCGGAGCGGCAGCUGCAGACGCGGCGCGGGAGCCCGCGGGUCCGCUUCGAGGAUGGCGCGGUCUUUCUGGCUGCCUGCUCCAGCGGGGACACGGACGAGGUGGCCAAGCUCCUGGCAAGAGGCGCGAACAUCAACACGGUCAACGUGGACGGCUUGACAGCCCUGCACCAGGCCUGUAUUGAUGAAAAUUUGGACAUGGUGAAGUUUCUGGUGGAGAACAGAGCCAAUGUAAACCAGCAAGACAACGAGGGCUGGACGCCCCUUCACGCAGCAGCUUCCUGUGGUUACCUCAACAUAGCAGAGUAUUUUAUUAGCCACGGAGCCAGUGUGGGUAUUGUGAACAGCGAGGGUGAAGUUCCUUCUGACCUUGCAGAAGAGCCAGCCAUGAAAGACCUUCUUCUGGAACAAGUAAAGAAGCAAGGGGUUGACCUAGAGCAGUCACGAAGGGAGGAAGAGCAGCAGAUGCUGCAGGACGCCCGCCAGUGGCUCAACAGCGGGAAGAUAGAAGAUGUGCGGCAGCCUCGCUCCGGGGCCACAGCUCUGCAUGUGGCUGCUGCCAAGGGCUACUCUGAAGUCCUCAGACUUUUAAUUCAGGCCGGCUAUGAGCUCAAUGUUCAGGACCAUGACGGCUGGGCUCCUCUCCACGCUGCUGCACACUGGGGAUUGAAAGAGGCUUGUUCCAUCCUGGCGGAAGCUCUUUGUGACAUGGAUAUCCGGAACAAGCUGGGCCAGACGCCAUUUGAUGUGGCUGAUGAAGGUCUCGUUGAGCACUUGGAGAUGCUUCAGAAGAAGCAGAAUGUGCUUAGAGCUGAAAAGGAGACACGGAAUGAGCUCAUUGAGUCAGACCUAAACAGAAAGUUUCAGAGUGGACUCAAGAACAAAGAGAAGAUGCUUUAUGAGGAAGAGAGCCCCAAGUCCCAAGAAACAGAGGAAGAAAACAAAAACUCCAGCAGCUCCAGCUCAGAGGAAGAGGAAGGUGAAGAUGAAGUUUCUGAGUCAGAAACUGAGAAGGAGGCAGAUAAAAAGCCAGAAGCCACUGUCAACCAUUCCAACUCUGAAAGCAAAAGUCGUAUCAUGGAGCAGCUCUCAGCCCCAGCUCAGAACACGUCUGCCUCUUCUUCUGCUAGGAGACUCUCUAGUCUUUUCAACAAGACAGAAGAGCCCAAAGACGAGUCUCCUUCUUCGUGGAGACUGGGACUCAGAAAAACUGGCAGUCACAAUAUGCUGAGUGAAGUGGCCAACUCCAGGGAUGCCUUUAGAGACCGGGGCUCCUCCAUCUACCGGUCCUCAUCCAGCCCUCGCAUCUCAGCUUUGCUGGAUGACAGAGACAAGGAAAGGGAAAACAAAAGCUAUUUUGGUACGCUGGCACCCCGGAGGCUCAGUAGCACGAGUGACAUUGAAGAAAAGGAGAACAGAGAGUCAGCUGUUAAUCUAGUGAGGAGCGGCUCCCACGGCAGGCAGCCGUGGCGGGAUGAAGCGAAGGGACAUGGGACCCCACGGACAGUUGCCCCUUCUACUUACGUGUCCACCUGCUUGAAAAGUGCCUCACUUGGUAAAAGUAGUGGCCCCACAAGUCCCUACAUCUCAGCCAGUCGCAAUUCAUCUCCUGCUACCUCACCCAUUACCAUUGGUCCAUCCACCUCUCGGGGCAGCCAGUGGCAACCUGCCUCUUGCCCUGCACCAGUCAGUACAAACACUGCUGCGUCCGUACAGUGUGUCAGGACCCCUUACAAAUCCCAGGCUGAUUCAACAGCAGAGAAGGCAACAGACGGCGGCGGCGUCUCUUCUAGUACCCCCCUGUGCGUGAUCACCAAUCGCCCUGCACCAAGCUCUGCCAAUGGGGUUCCAGCUGCCACGGUGUUCUCCUCUGCCGGAACAGAGUCCUCUGCGGAGGCCCGGGAGAAGAGGAGAUCUUAUCUGACUCCUGUACGGGAUGAGGAGGCAGAGUCUUUACGGAAAGCACGCUCCAGACAAGCUCGGCAGACGCGAAGGUCUACUCAGGGCGUCACCCUGACAGACCUUCAGGAAGCAGAGAGGACUUUGAGCAGGUCGAGGGCAGAAAGACAGGCUCAGGAACAGCCUGCUGAGAAGCUUGAAGACCCUGGUGGGCUCGAAGGGAGCAGCAAGAAGCAGGAGCCAUCAGCUGCCCCAGCAAAGGAAGCUGGGGAGGAGCAGCCACCUUUGGGCACGAGCCUGGAGGAAGAGCCUAUCUAUCGUCGCCUAAGGUGCCCAGCUCAAGCAGACAAGACUACAACCCCACCAGAGUCUCCUUCUGCAUCAAGACCUUUACUCUAUACUAGUUCUCAUCUACUACGGACAAGUAGAGCUUCAGUCCCUGAUUCUGAGAACCCAGAGGCCACCGUAAACGCCACAGCUGCAAAAGAAAUGGACAAGAAUGAUGAUUUGGAUGAGCAGUCCUCUAACAGGCUGUCUGUCCGAGAGAGGAGGCGAACUAAGGACCGGCGAAGAGGCACGGGCAUUAACUUCUGGACAAAUGAUGAUGGAACGGAUGUCUCUGAAGAGGUCAAAGGAGCGUGGCAUGAAAGACUUUCUAGGCUGGAGUCAGGAGGUAGUAACCCAACCAGCAGCGACUCUUACAGUGACCGCGCCUCAGCAAGAGCCCGUCGGGAGGCCCGAGAGGCUCGCCUAGCCAGCCUGACCAGCCGGGUGGAAGAGGACAGCAACAGGGAUUAUAAAAAACUCUAUGAGAGUGCCCUGACGGAAAACCAAAAACUGAAAACAAAACUUCAGGAGGCCCAGCUAGAGCUAGCUGAUAUAAAAUCCAAGCUUGAGAAGAUGGCCCAGCAGAAACAAGAGAAGACCUCUGACCGGUCGUCGGUGCUGGAGCUGGAGAAACGGGAGAGGCGGGCCCUGGAACGGAAAAUGUCAGAGAUGGAAGAGGAGAUGAAGGUGUUAACAGAACUGAAAUCCGACAAUCAGAGGCUGAAAGAUGAAAACGGUGCCCUCAUCAGAGUCAUCAGCAAACUGUCCAAAUAGAUGGGGUCAGAUGUGGAGGCGGGGACAGCAUUUGCUGCCCGCUCUUCGUUUCCAGCUAUGGAAUGUUUGAGAAGAAGGAAGGGCUCCUCAGUCACCUCCCAGCACUGUACAUUUCCUCCCGCACCUCCACCCCAAGUUUUAUGACAGUUUUAGCUGAAGCAUGAUUGUGACCAUUGCAGACACUCUGGAGAGAGCUUUGUGGGGUACGGCAAGCUCAGGUGUUGACCCCCAACUUUCUGCUUUGUCCACAUGGGUUUCAGUGUAGAUAAGUAAGGCUCUGCCCCAUAGCCUUUACCCUGACCACUGUCCUUUGCUAUAGGUGAGUCUUGUGGUGGCCACCGCGACCCUCUCUGGGUGUCAGGACAAAGGGCAGAAUGUGGAAUUACCUACUCUGUGGGCUGCCUCUGGCACUGUUGCAUAGAGUCCAAGGUGAUUGUGGCUCUGAUAUUCACCUCUCAGGGACUGACUUGUUUUUACUUUUCUAUCGAUGACCUAGAACUUCUCUGACUAGUCUCCGCCCUGUUUCUCCCAUUCUGCGAGGCUGAGAUGGUCUUGGGCUCUCCUGGUCCUUUUCUUUCUGGUCUUUUCUUUCUCCUCCCAGCCUGACGGCAUGAAAGCUGAACCAGAGCUCUUGACCUCAGUUGUUUUGGGCCAUUGUGGGAAAUCAUCACUCUGUUGCCUUGGUGCCAUGACCCCUGCCCUUGCAAAGGUAGAGGGUGGCUUAGGGGUCAGCCCGUUGUUCACAUCUCCCACUUUUCUGCUUACAGAGCAAUGCUCUUCAAGUCAGACAGUAGUGUAGAGCAAGAGCCUCUCUCAAGGGAAGGGGAGUCUGGGUCCUGUUCAGGUCGCUUCUUGGGCUUUGCUUUCUUUUCCGCUCGUGCGCCUGCUCCUAAUGGGGAAUGGUGAU